AUGGUGAAGACUACGUACGCGCUCACGCUCUUUGCAGCCGUGAGUAUUGCAGCCCCGCUGCAGCGCAACGCAUUGGAUAUGGCUGCCACUCAGCCCAUGCGUCGCGACGGGUCGGGAAAUCUUCUCGGUGCCGGCUCCGGUGGAGCGAUGAAUGACUUGGUUGGUCAAGCUUAUUCUCAACUGGAGAAACAAGCAACUGACAAGCUGGGAGAGAAGACUGCGCAACGCACCGAGGGGGCACAAGACGCAAGAAAACAUAACGCAAACAUUUUGGAGAACGUACCUAUUGUUGGGUCUAUGCUCGCUGGCUCGAAGCGUAGCGCAUCGGCCGAUGAAAUUGUCGUUCGAUCAUUGACCAGUGAAUUGAGCAAUCUCCCUGUCUUGGGUGAACUGUUGAAUAAGAAGAAAGACAAGCAGAACACCAAAAAGCCUACUGGCGAUGGAAGUUCGACGCCCGCUGUGUCUGCUCCGGAGCUGAAGAAGAUGGGUCAAGAAGCUGGACAAGACGCGAUGGAGAGCGAGGCCGAGAUCUUUGGCCGUGAUCUCAACAGCGACCUGACCAACAAGAUUAAUUCACUACCCAUCAUUGGUGACAUCAUCGGGAACAAGAAGCAAAAUGCUGCUGCUGCUGCCAAGCGAGACGGGAACUCCAAGAACAGUCAAUAUGAUCCCGUGUACAACCUCGCCGAAGAUAUUACCACCAAGAUGGAGCCGACAUACAACCUGGCAGACUCGGCAUCUGCUGCGGCUAAUGUGCGACGUGAUCUGAACAGUGAUCUCACCCAGAAGAUCAACUCACUUCCCAUCAUCGGUGACCUUAUUGGCAACAAGAAGAAGGCUCCUGCUGGUCCAGUUUCUAAGCGUGGCGAUGAAACCGCAACUAGCCAAUACGACCCAGUUUACAACCUCGCCGAGGACGUUGUCCAGAAGACCGAGCCCACCUUCGACCUCGCCGAUGCUGCCUCGGCCGCUGCAGGUGCCGUCCGCCGUGACUUCCUCGACCUCCUCAAGUCCCCCCAGGAACUCGCCAAGGAGAAGCAGCAAGCCGCGUCCAAGGCCAGUGCCAAUGCCAAGUCUGGGACCCAACAAGACAAGACCCACGACGAGAAGAGUAAAGAUGCCGCACAGGCCCCAGCCAAAGACGACAAGAAGGAUUCUAAGAACCCGCUUCGUGAGCUGUUCAAGGAGAGCGGAUUGGGCGCUUUGAUGGGCAACUCCCAGCACGGCGUUGGCCUCUUCCCGAUGACCGUUCGUCGCGAUGCUCCCGUUGCACCCCGUGGCGAUAUCGAGGGUGCCACGCUGCCGGAUGUUCUCCUCAACGGCGGCGUGCUGGGCAAAGUGACCAAGAUGCUGGGUCCUGGUGGGCUUCAGUGA